CAAAGAUUUUAAUGUCAGAAUCGUUAUUGGAUAUUCCAGCUGGAGUUCCGGAUUCAGUUCCGGCCAACUCCCGCAUCUACAAGGACGAUUGCAUGUACACCUUUGAUACACCUGAGAACAACGAUCUUGGAUUGGAUGUAGAUUUGAAGAGCUACCAGGCUUUUCUGAGAACUGAUGAGUACAAUUUCACGUUUGAAAACUAUGCCAAAACUGGUAAUAACUGGUAUUUGAACAUCAACAAGACUCUCAAACCAGAGGAAGAGAGAAACAAGCUCUUGUACGAUGAGAAUGGCCAGAAGAGCCAGAAGCUUCAAAAAUUGGAAGUCCGAGAAGUUCCGGAUGACGAGUUGUACGAUACGAAGUUAUCCAUAUACGAUGCUGCUGAUGACAUUUCGUACCCUAUAGAGAAGUUGACAUUGCGAUUCCAGAACUUGGUGAAUGAGAUUCUCACUGCCAACUCAUCGAACAGAAACGAUGAGAUAAAACAAUGGGAACAGGAGAUAUUUCCUUGUGAGCACUCUGUAGAUGUAGAACAGUUCGACGUAGGCACUGUGGACUUGUCGAGAUGUGCAGAAUGUGAGUUGACUGAAAAUCUCUGGAUCUGUCUUCAUUGUGGAACUUUAGGCUGCGGAAGACAGCAGUUUGGCACGGCGUUGAAGGGAAACUCUCAUGCAUUGUCCCAUUUCGAAAAGACUGACCAUCCAGUAGCUGUCAAGUUGGGCUCCUUAUCAGCGGAUAGUGAAGAUAGCUGUGAUGUCUAUUGCUAUAGAUGUAAUGAUGAAGUAAAGGUACCAAAUUUGGCAGAAAAACUCUUGAGGUUUGGCUUGGACUUGAAGUCAACCGUCAAGACAGAAAAAAGUUUAGUAGAAUUAAACAUCGACCAGAACAUGAACUAUGACUUCAAGUUAGAGGGACCUGAUGGAUCGAAAUUGGUUCCAGUUUAUGGUAAGGGUCUCACAGGCUUUCUUAAUUUGGGCAAUUCAUGUUACUUAAAUUCUGUGGUUCAAUCUUUGUUUGAUUUAGAAUCGUAUCAAAACUAUUUCGCUGAUCUCAGCAUUCCUGAUACUGAAAAUCCUGCUCGUGACUUGAAAACUCAAUUGCUCAAGAUCUACGAUGGUUUAUUAAGUGGCAGGUACUCCAAGCCAGGAUCGUUAAAGGGAGACGACUAUCAGUUAGGGCUAAAACCUUCUUCUUUCAAAAACUUGAUCGGCGAGAACCACGAGGAAUUCAAAACUCAGAGACAGCAAGAUGCGUUUGAGUUCUUGAUAUAUUUGCUUGACAAGAUAGACAACGAGUUUGGUCUCUCGUUGAACAAGGAACUUAACUACUUGUUCACCAGUAAAACAGUAUGUUUCAAUUGUAAGCAUGGAUCGCUGCAUAUUGACCUAGCUGACAAUUUGUCGGUUAAUAUAGAAGACAAGGUUAUUUCUUUAGAUGAAGAUACAGGUAAGAAACAGUAUGAGCCUGUCAAUUUUAUUGAUUGCUUCAGAGCUUACUGUGCUAAUGAAGCAAUUGAGGGCUAUAGAUGUGACAACUGUGGCUCCGAUACCGCAGGAGUAGCUAUAAAGUCUGGAGGCUUCAGGACGUUUCCAAAUGUACUUAUAGUCAAUGCCAAACGGAUCAAGUUGGAAAACUGGGUACCUGUCAAGAUUGAUGUACCAAUUGAGAUUCCAGACAGGUUGGACAUCUCCGAAUUCAAGGCUCCUGUUUUUGCAAGCGAUGAAGUAGAAGAUGAGCCUGACUCUGAAGACACAAAGGGCACUGCUUUUGAACCUAGCCGAGAAGCCUUGGAUACGUUGCUUGCCAUGGGAUUUCCAGAGACAAGAUGUUUGAAAGCGUUGUUCAAUACUGGCAACAACAGCGCCGAAGAUGCCAUGAACUGGCUCUUUGCCCAUAUGGAAGAUGUAGACAUCGAUGAGCCAUUCGAUUCUCUGCAGAUAUCGCCACAACAAUCUGCUUCCGCUUCUGCUGGCCCUUCGCAGGAUGCAAUUGAUAAUCUCACAGCCAUGGGCUUUUCUCAGCAGUUGGCCAAAAAGGCAUUGGUCUUGAACGGCAACGAUGUCAACAGCGCCGUUGAAUGGUUGUUUACCAAUCCUGAUGACGACGGUGUCAUUGUUGAGUCUGGCGACGCUUCAAAGGCUGUAGUCAACUUGUCGAAAGAGAAGGAAGAUUUGAAAGAACAGCUUCUUGAAUCUGGUGACUCUACAAACGGCAAGUACGAGUUACAGUCAGUGAUAUGCCAUAAAGGUACAUCGCCACACACAGGGCACUACGUAGUGUUUAUAAAGAAGGUCAUCGAUGGACAGGAGAAGUGGGUCUUGUUCAAUGAUGAAAAGGUGGUUGUUUGUGGAGAAGAUAGCUUGCAGGAUAUGAGAACAAACGGCUAUGUCUACUUCUUCAAGAAGGUGCAACAGCACAGUUGAUAGGAAGGAGAUAUAGGGAUGUCAAAAUAGCUUCCAGAAACAGAUGCAUAUGAUCUAGAUCAACAUACUAUUAGUAUAUAAGCAAAGAAUAUGUUCUAGAU